AUGUCAGAACCAAUUCAUGCCACACAGUCUGUGAAUGAUAAUGAUAUCGAUUCUCAACACAAAGAGCCUUCGGAUAAUGAUAUCGAUUCUCAACACAAAGAGCCUUCGGUUAAUGGUUCCAUUUCUCAACAAAAUAAGCAAAAUCAGGAUAAACAAUCCGAUUCUCAACACAAAGAGCCUUUGGUUAAUGGUUUCAUUUCUCAACAGGAUAAACAAUCAGAAAAAAUAUAUUAUAUUGUUAAACUGAAGAAAAGAUUAAAAAACUGUGAGUAUCUGCAAUCUCUAUCCAAUUUACAAAUAAUUAUUUCUAUUGUUGCUAGUGUUUUAUCUCUUGCAACUGGUGUUUGGCUUUUGAUCUUAGAAAAGAAUAGCAUGGAAUCAAAAAUUAGAGAUACUAUUUCGACUUCAGUUUUUGGAACAGGAAGUAUUGUAACUCUUUUAACGAGUCUGGUAUCUCUCAAGAACGUUCUUAGUGAAAAAAAAUUUGAUGCUUUAGAUGAAAUAUAUAAAUUAUAUUGUAAUGAAGAUGAAAAAAUUGCAAAGC